UGUGUGUGUUGCAUCAUGCAGACACUGUCACAACCUCUCCCUGUGUCUGUGUUCCAUCACCCAGAAUGCCACAUUCUAAGCACCUGUUUAACUGUAUCACAAACUUCAACAGGUAACAAGAAGAUGGAGUACAAGGCUCGACAGUGGCACGAGAAGUGUUUCUGCUGUUGUGUGUGCAAGACUCCCAUUGGUACCAAGAGCUUCAUCCCCAGGGACCUGGAGAUAUACUGCGCUGCUUGCUAUGAGGAGAAGUUUGCUACACGUUGUGUCAAGUGUAGCAAGAUCAUCACUUCCGGGGGCGUGACAUACAAGAACGAACCCUGGCACCGAGAGUGCUUCACGUGCACCAACUGCAACGCUUCCCUGGCCGGCCAACGCUUCACCUCCAGGGAUGACAAGCCUUAUUGUGCCGACUGCUUCGGCGAGUUGUUUGCCAAGCGCUGCACUGCCUGUGCCAAGCCUAUCACAGGCAUCGGCGGCACUCGCUUCAUCUCGUUCGAGGACAGACACUGGCACAACGACUGCUUCAUCUGCGCCGAGUGCAAGGGAUCCCUGGUGGGCAAGGGCUUCAUCACAGAUGGGGCAGACAUCCUCUGUCCUGAGUGUGCCAAGCAGAAACUUAUGUAAAGGACUCGUCUCGCAGUGUUACCAUAGUUACUCAUGAUGUGGUCAGCUUCAGCUGAAACCAAGCUUAAUCAAGAUUCCUUAACUUGGUAAAUGUUACAGCUUAUUACAAGUAACUUUUGAAAUUGUAUAAGGAUACAAAACAAUGAGUAACCCACUUGUUUCUAUUUUGUUAUAGAAUUUGAAAAAGUUACUAAUAAAUAGUAUAUCAUUGGUUUAACUUCAAGAAACAAAGACGAUCUAAACGAACUUCAUUGCCAAUUUCAGUUUGCGAGAAAUUGUGAAGAGUGUAGAGCUUUCCUUCCAGUCAUUGUUAUGCCAUAAAUACUGAAGACAAUUUGCCAUUAACGGUAACACUGAUUAUAAAGUGCCUAAAUUCAUACAUUCUUUUGCUUUACAAGUGAAGCAGCACCGAGGUUAAGCACCGCACUAUAAAAGCAACUCUGCGCUUAGCCGAGUUACGGAAGUUUAGCCGGAGUGGUGUUUCACGCAUCCCACCAGGCACGUGACAUUGCUCCAACAAUGUUGUGUGCUUGGUGGGCCCUGACCUGCAUGCUUGAGAGUACUGCAGCUUAUAAAUACCAACAAAACUGUGCUUGCAUAUUUGGGACACGCCUGCAAGAUAUCUGGUGCCAUUCACAAGUGACGGCUGAUGGAAUUAAAAUUUUGGUUUAAAGUCCGGUUUGGAUUCUAUUCCUUGCAGAGUUUGAGUUGCUUGAUUGGUUAAGUAAUCCAGAUCUUUUCAGUCAUUGAAUAGAAUUUAAUCUUUCUUAUGCAAAUGAUUACAUCCCACUGGCUUGCUUUCUAGAAUGGUGCCAUGAGUGCCAUUAGAAUGGCACUAUGAUUAAAACAAUGACAAUUUAUAUUGUAGUAUAUAAAUGUUAUAUAUAUAUCAUGACAAGAUUUAUUAUAGAUGCAGAUUGAGGCACUUUAUCUUAAUAUCAAUAAUAACUUUGGUAAAGUUAAAUUUUAAAUGUUGUAAUGUUAAGUCUUAUUCUUGAGGUCCACUGGGCGUAAAUGCGUAAAUUUAUUUUUAAGAGCUUUUGUUGGCCACUUGGUGACUUAUCAGUAGGGGAGAGUUUCCAUAAAAUUAACUUCUUUCACUGUUACAUACUGUAUUUAACUGUAGACACUAAAAUUAUUUAAAGAACAAUACCACGUGUCUAAGCAAUUUAUUUUAAGGACGAGAUACCAAUGUUUAUUAAGAUAGACUAACCGUGUUGCCUUACUAUCAUUGAAAUUGUUUAUAUGGUUGUCACUGCCAUUGUUAUGUUUACUCUUAACCUAUUAUUAAUGAAGUCGAAAAUGCAUAUUUAUUGCUCGAGGAUGGAAGCUGCGCUGAAGUAAGUUUCAUCGUAACGAAGCAAUAAUUGUGUUAUUUUUGUCACAAGCUUAGUCGUCCCCACCCACUCCUCCCCUAGCAGCAGCUCGGCCAUUUUGAGAGUCGUUUAUGCAAGAUGACAGUUGAGCUGCAAGCACAAGUCACUCUCUGGGCUGCUACAAGCUACCACUUCCCCAACACCACGAACCUCACGCUGGAGCGCAGCGAUACACUCAGACUCGUCAGUAACUCCUUAGUCGCUCGAUAUGACCCGAGCAUCAGUUUUCCACCGUAGCCGUUGCAGGGUUUAAAUGAUAUGUGGAGUUUUUGAUAUUAUUAUUUUUACAAUACACUUUUGUUGCUUGUAAUUUUUCUUACAGUGAAUUCUGACCUAACUUAGGGCUGGACUGUAGAUUAUUAGAGAAAUGACCUUCUGUUAGCUGUGUUCGGUUCCCUGACUUAGAGUACCGAGGAGGCGGAGGCAGCAGGGUUGCGAACAUGCUCCUGCUUCGCUAGCAUUGUCCCUAACUUAAUAUAUUAUAGUAUAUUCUUGCAUAGAUUUAUUCUUGACAGUUAUGCAUAGUUUAUAGAUGAACUACUCCAUUGCAAGUGUCCUCAGGAGUUUUGUUAAAUAUCGACGUGUUUUGUGAAGAUUCCCGCAUCGAACUGCUACACACAGAUCUAUAGCAAAGAAUCGUCAUUAAAUACAAAUCUGUGUUGACAAAUAAACUCUUAAGAACUUUGCAAUUGGAGCUCCCAAGAACAAUUUAUAAGCUGAGUUAUUUUUUUGUAUAUAAUGAGAUAAUAUACCUAGCUUGCUUAAUAACAAGUGUAUCGCUCAUCAGAGCACUGAUGCGCGGUAAUUAUAAAACACUGCUCUGUCGCUAUGCGAUUUUCUUCAUUUGAUUCAAAUUCUCACUCAUAGUGGUUUUUUAAUUCAUCAAAAUUAAUACAGUGUACUAUAAUCCUGCCAGAUAUGGAGUGUUAUUCUAGUAUCUAUCUUCAUUAUUCCAUUGUCCCGACGCAUUAUGGACGUACGAGUCUCGUCCGUAAUUUCAGCGAAUCAUUUUUAUUCAGCAUUAGAAUAUAUUUUGUGUUCAAAUACGUUGUUUCGUUGAGUUUGUGGGACAUCCACCGCUGCUUUCUCUUCACUGACUAUUUUUAAAUACAACAAAAAUAAUGAUAAAUCUUAAGCUUUAAGAGCGUAAGUUCCAUGUGAAGUUUUCCGUCGACUCAGCAUGGGUAACUGUGUUAUUCUUUGACGCACAUAAAUCAAUACUUAUUUAGUAAAAUUCCAAGAACAUUUGUGAGCAAGUGUCCUAAGUAGCAGCAAGGGAUUUUUUGUUAAUUUAAGACGGCGUAGGAUGUGUUAUCACCGACAAGUUAAAUUACGAGAGGGUCGGAACAUAUUGCAGUACUUUUAAUGCAUUAAAAGUCACCCCAGCCUUGUAUAUUAGUAGUAUAUAGAUAUCUGCUCCCUCCAACUAUGAAAACUUCUUAAAGAUCUGUUGUGUGUGACAUCACAAACCCAACAGUUAUGUUGUUUUGACCACCGUGUCUAUAUUUGUUGGUUCGACUAUUAAUUCGUUAUCUAAUAUAUCCAAAAUUAAAGUUGCAUCACGGCUAUCGGAGAAUUGUUUUACACAGGUUAGUUCGCGACAACCGCGAAGAUACGGCCACAAUCUUCACGACUAGGAACGCUUGUCUCGAGGCUCCUCAUAUCCUUUACACUUGUUUCAUAUUUUCUCAUAUAUUAUACCCUGUGGAUUGAUACCGUGAGAGGUGCUAGAUGUGUGAGCUUCAUGUUGGCCUGGUAUAAGCUGGUGCACAAGAUUACUAAUGCUGAUAUAACCAACUCUGUAAUAAAUGUGUUACAGUG